AAUAUAAAGGGGAAGAAGAAGAAGAAAAGAGGAAACACAAACAAACCAAGUCGUAGCGAACCAACUUGAGUUUUUUUUUAACUAACCGUCUAGUUUGUUGAAUUUAAGUCGGAUAAUUAAAACGUUUUUAUUCAGCUGACUGAUUAAAGUGCUAUGUACGCGGGCUACAACUGGGUAGCGACAGUUUAACCCGUAAUCUAACCUCAGCUAGCAUUAGUUAAAAUUCAGCUAACGGGAAAGAACUACUUUUUAAACAAUUUUAUUUCAGAGUGGACAUGAUAUUUUAGAGAGCAGAGAAAGAUUAAGAGAGAAGAAGCUUGGAGAUUUAAGUUAGACGAGUAGAGUUUCUCACCCCACCCAGUGUAUACAUUAGCAGAGUACAAACAAGUGUGACAAGGAGAAACCACUGAUGGCUCCAUGUGGUGUGUGGUGGUGGUCUCAGCUAAGUGUCAUAUGGAUUUUCUGCAGCAUGUUGGUUCCAGCUCCCACACAUGCCUACAUAUAUGUUCAUUAUAACAACAUGACCUCCGCUCUGUUUGAGGACCUACCUGCUUUGUUUGGACCUUCACUUCCUAAGGGGGGUUUAACGGGACAUCUGGUGGUGGCCAAACCACGUGAUGGGUGUACACCGAUCAACCCCCCUCCUCCACUGCCAAGUUUUGAUGUCAACACCACUAAAUUCAUUGUUCUCAUUGAGCGCCGUGUCUGCAAUUUCGAUUUAAAGGUUUGGCAUGCUCAGCAAGCUGGAUACGGUGCUGCAGUCGUUCACAAUGUAAACUCAGACACUCUCCUCAACAUGAACUACAGCAACAAAACUCUUGCAGAUCAGAUUCAGAUCCCCUCCGUAUUCACCGGCUACUUUGCAUCAGAAAUGCUCAAGGAAAUUAUAACGACAGAACCAGGGGCCAUUGUGAUCCUUAAACCAGAGUUUGCUUUUCCCAUCUCAUACUACCUGAUUCCCUUUACUGGAGUCGUCGGGAUGGUUAUUCUUGUGAUGUGUGUGAUCUUGGUUAUACGAUGUGUGCAGUACAGGAAAAGGUUGAGGAAGAAUCGUUUGACCAAAGAUCAACUAAAGCGGAUUCCAACACAUACGUUUAAGAAAGGAGACGACUAUGAUGUUUGUGCCAUCUGUCUGGACGAGUAUGAAGAAGGAGACAAACUGAGAGUUUUACCCUGCUCACACGCGUACCACAGCAAGUGUGUGGACCCGUGGCUCACCCAGAACAAGAAGACAUGUCCUGUGUGCAAACAGCGAGUGAUCCAGAAUAACCCGGAGCACUCAGAGUCAGAUUCUGAGGAGGAAGGGGCAGGACGCAGAGAUGAGGAAGGAACUGAUGGCGAAGCUGACUCAGAGCGCACUCCUUUGCUCCGGCCCUCCAACCCCGGGUCCCCUUCAGGGAGCCCAGUGGCCUAUUCAGCCACCACCACCGCCGCCCAGUGUCUGGUGUCUCCUGCUCGCAGCUCACCCAUCCUGGGCUACCAGGGCUACUACUCUCCUCAGGAGGACACAGACUCAGAAAGUGGCGACGCAGGAGAUGACCGGCACCACAGUGAUGAUGACACGGUUCAUCUCAUUGGUAGGAACCGAGUCGAUGCCUGAACUUAGCUGUAGUGAAGUUAGCCUGUUGUUCACUUUAAAGGAAACGAGAGAGGGUUUUCCUGCCUACAAAUGUGCUGUAAAGUUAUUUACUUUCAACAAUCAGCUAGACCUUUAGACUUCCACAGCGGCUGAUUGUUUUUUUUUUUUUUAUCCAAUAACCAGACACCAGAGGUCUACGUUGUAGUGUCAAAGCGGGAGUCGGUGUAAUUUGUUUGAUCAAAGUCCAAAAGAAUCACUCCCCUUCAUAAUCGCUCUUGUGCUCAUAUCUGUAGAUGCUUUUGUUGCAUGCUCUAAAUUGUGACCCAACAUGACCCGACCACUAGUGCUGCACAACUUUAGGAACCAGUAAGGUUUAUUUUAUUAGGUAAGAGCGUAACUCUAGAUGAGGUCUCUACACGGAAGGCUCUGAUUGUUUCAGUUAUAUUUUUAUUCCAGUUUUAAGUAAACUAACAGGAUGUACACGCGGGUAGGGGGGAUCUUUGUCUUUGCUUUUGUUUUGUGCUUUUUUCCACAGAGUAUUUCUGAGAUUUUACUGCUGCUUUUACGUUGUUGCUGAAAUCGGUGAAGGUAGGAUUUUAGCUUGAUGUAGUUUGUAAGUUUGAAUAAACUCAGGUUUAGGUCAGAAGGUCAGUUUGAAAUGGUAAGUGAAGAACCAAGUAAGGAAAUUAUUAGCUUUGAUCCUUUAAAUUGUUUUAGUUUCUCUUGGGAACCUCUGUGUUUUUAGGACAAGGUGCAUUGCCUUACACUGACCUGAAACUUCGCAUUUAAUGUUUUAAUCUGAAGACAAGAAAGGCACUCCUUCCUUUUAUUUUAUGUCUCGUUCUCCAUGCCUGAGAGUUAGCUCGUUUCCAUGGGUCUGGUGUUAGUAACGGGAUUGUGAUUUGGACAUUAACAAGCUCAGCACCAGAGUAACUGAUGAUUUGGGCGUCGUCUGUAAAUUGAAAUGAUCAUUUUUGUGAAAAGCAGCAAACGUUGUAAGCCUUUAAAAUGAUUUUGCUGCUCAAAAGUUAUGAAUGUUUUAUGGAUUAAUUAAUUUUGUCUUCAGACGCCCACGCAGAGGUUGUUUUAGAUUAAUCCAGUCUGGCGAACUCUGAGGUAACAUUUUUACUUUCCCUCUUUUUUAAAGAGAUCCAGUGCAAUUUAUUUCUCUCCCAUUUGAUAAAAUAGGUCAAUAAAACAUAUCAGAAUGGAGACAAAUCUCACAAAGCACCGCUACUUUAUAAAAGAGACAACACUGAGCAGGAUUUACACAAAGUUUGUGUUAGGGGAUUAAUUCACUGUUAGAAUGCAAAAAAACUCAAUUCCUUUAUGUUUGACCUCAGAUUGACCCCAUACUUGGUUGAUUGUGACCUGUUGGCAAUAUACUGUAUUAUACAACACAACAGCUGUUUUUAUAUGAACACACCUUAAUUAUUUUGUACUGUACCUUUUUUUAUUUCUCAGCUUAUUAAACUGUUGACAGGAACAAAAGGAAAAAUCCCACUUAAAUAAUCCUCAUACGAAACUUUCUUCUUUCUUUUAGAACGUGCCUAUAGGUCAUCCAACAGUACACGUACAGAGUAACUUUCAUUAUAAAAUAAGAGUCUAUAGGGUGUCUUCAGUGUAUUAUUCAUGGAAGGUUAAGUGACAUUAAAAUGGGACUGUGUUGCCAUAUGAUGACGUUUAUGUAUUUGUUCUUUAUAAAUGUUUAUUGACACACAUAAUACUUGAUAAUAAAGCCACAAUAAAUAGAUGUCAUUA